AUGCCGGCUUACCACUCUUCUCUCAUGGACCCUGACACCAAACUCAUUGGAAACAUGGCACUGUUGCCCAUCAGAAGUCAAUUCAAAGGACCUGCCCCUAAAGAGACAAAAGAUACAGAUAUUGUGGAUGAAGCCAUCUAUUACUUCAAGGCCAAUGUCUUCUUCAAAAAUUAUGAAAUUAAGAAUGAAGCUGAUAGAACCAUGAUAUAUAUAACUCUCUACAUUUCUGAGUGUCUAAAGAAACUCCAAAUGUGCAAUUCCAAAAGCCAAGGUGAGAAAGAAAUGUAUACACUGGGAAUCACUAAUUUUCCCAUUCCUAGAGAGCGUUUUCCACUUAACGCAAUUUAUGCCAAACCUGCAAACAAACAGGAAGAUGAAGUCAUGAGGGCCUACUUACAGCAAAUGAGGCAGGAGACUGGACUGAGACUUUGUGAGAAAGUGUUUGAUCCUCAGAAUGAUAAACCCAGCAAGUGGUGGACUUGCUUUGUGAAGAGACAGUUCAUGAACAAGAGUCUUUCAGGACCUGGACAGUAAAGGGAGCCUGGGCAAACACCGUCCACAGACGUGGGCAGCAUUUUACAGCAAGAUGUACACAGUUCUUUGCCUUUAUUUCAUAAAGUUUUAUACAGAAGAAGGAAGAGAGCAUGUCUUUACUUGAAGAGCUCUUUAUCAAGAAUUUGGGUGGGGGAGGG